AUGUAUGCUUUUAAUUUGCCGUUGGAUGACACGUGGGCUUGCUUAAAUCGAGGUGUCUGCUGUCCUCCCCCUCCUGGACAGAGGAAACCCAAAAUAAGUAAGGAUAGUGUGGAGGUCAAAUGCAGAAGACACCGUCUUUAGAAAGGAGAAGCAGAAGAAGGCGGUGUUUUUCCAGCAUCUCGUGCGCAAAAUAUCCAAAACGCCGGCUGGUUCUAAAGAGGACACAGAGCCUGAAUUAUGAAUCCAGUGAAUUCACACAAAUUCUGCCAAUUAGCGCAGCAGUCCUGAAGGGGAGGUGUAGGUGGCAGAGAGCGGAGACGAGCUACAGAGAGAUUCUCCAUCAGUGACACAACAUGGAUGUGAUGCAGUGGCAAUGUCACGGGCAUAACACGGAGGACGACACCAGGCGUGUUUCACAUGUAACAAAACGAUGAGCCGGGUGGCAUUUCUCCACGCCAAAGUUGUCUUUUAUCACCGGUCGUGGAUGUUGAAGGGCUGCCGGACGCUCGCGCUUCUAUUGGCUGCGCGCUGCGUCGCUCAGAGGAAUGACGACUUUUUUCUCUUUUUUUUACUGCUAUAACCAGCUGAUGCUGAGGCUAUGAACACGGAGCUCCUGGAGAACUGUUGACGGUACAUGGAGACCCUGUCAUAGGCGCUAUGCCUGCGGAUUCGGUCUCAUCUCCUUCCAGGGAUUGAAUCCAGCAUUCUCCCCUCGCGCAGGCGAGGCGACAUCCCACCUGCAGGUAUACAUCCGUGUGGAGGAUUGGAUAUAAGACGAACUGAGACGAACUGUCUCAAGAAAUGGAAUAAAGUGUGUUCAGAGACAACUGAACCUACUUGAGUCACAUCCAUAAAAAACGAAAAGCGGCAUAGAAAGCACGCAGGGUUGGAAAAGAGCCGCAGAGGGAGUUGGAAGCAGAAGAGUUUAUGAAGAUGGAGAGCGGUCAGACGACGUCUCUUCUGGAAUUUACAGUUUGUUCCGUCGGCCGCCGGUCGAAGCCAGAGUCUCCUCGCUAAAGCCCCGAGCAACUCAUUUCACCUGCUGGAGGAGCCCCCACCCUCGGUGAUGUGAUGAAUAAGUUUGAAGUCCUUGGCAUUGUGGGAGAAGGAGCGUAUGGAGUGGUGCUUAAGUGCAGGCACAAGGAAACCAAUGAGCUGGUGGCCAUUAAGAAGUUCAAAGACAGCGAAGAAAAUGAGGAGGUCAAAGAGACGACGCUUCGGGAGCUGAAGAUGCUUCGGACGCUGAAGCAGGACAACAUCGUGGAGCUGAAGGAAGCUUUUCGCAGGAGGGGGAAACUCUACCUCGUCUUCGAAUACGUCGAAAGGAACAUGCUGGAGCUGUUGGAGGAACUGCCCAACGGUGCACCGCCUGAUAAAGUCCGCAGCUACAUCUACCAGCUCAUCAAAGCUAUCAACUGGUGUCACACUAAUGAGAUAGUACACAGAGACAUCAAGCCAGAGAACCUCCUCAUCAGCUCCGAGGAUGUCCUCAAACUCUGCGACUUUGGUUUUGCUCGCAACCUGUCUGAGGGAACAGACGCCAAUUACACUGAGUAUGUGGCUACAAGGUGGUACCGCUCGCCCGAGCUGCUGCUGGGGGCCCCCUACGGAAAGGCGGUGGACAUGUGGUCGGUGGGGUGUAUCCUCGGGGAGCUGAGCGACGGACAGCCCUUGUUUCCAGGGGAGAGUGAGAUAGAUCAGCUCUUCACCAUCCAGAAGGUUCUGGGGCCACUUCCUGCAGAGCAGAUGAAACUCUUCUACAACAACCCUCGCUUUCAUGGAAUCAGGUUUCCCUCAGUUGCCCAUCCUCAGACUUUGGAGAGAAGGUACCAAGCCAUCCUGAGUAGUUUGAUGCUGGAUCUGAUGAAGAGCCUGCUGCUGCUCAACCAGACUGAGCGUUUUCUGACGGAGCAGAGCUUGAACCAUCCGGCCUUUCAGCCUCUGAGGCAGGCAGAGAGGCCUCCCCCUUCGUCUCCCAACCCACCGCGCUCCUCCAAGAGGAAAACACACCAUCAUGGAGAGAACACCGUCCCCACGAGGAGUCACACAAAGAGCACGAGCCGUCGCUCCAACAGCAAAGAAUGUUCCAGCCUCCCUCGCCAUGGCGAUCUUCAUCACCUCGGCAACAAGAGUUUCCUCAAUGGUAACAAACCGGCUCCGCCCACCUUAAGCCCUACGCUCCACCCUAAGGUCCAGUACCUGUCCCAGACCCUGAAUCGUUCUGCCCCAUCCAACAAAGACCUGGUGAACAACAACCUGCCGCACCUCCUCAGCCCCAAAGAAGCCAAAGGCAAGACAGAGUUUGAUUUCAACUUGGGACCAUCCCCAAAGCUGCCCGACCAGGGACACGUGUCCAAGUACGGCCACAGCAAACCCAGCUCUACUCGCUCCCAGCAGCAGCAGCAGCAGCAGCAACAGCAGCAGCAACAACAGCAGUUGCAACAACAGCAGUUGCAACAACAGCAGUUGCAACAGCAACAGCUGCAGCAACAGCAGCAGCAGCAACAGCUGCAGCAGCAACAGCUGCAGCAGCAACAGCAGGCCGGCCGCCACACCUUCCUGGAAGGCAAGACCAACACUCUGCAGUCCGCAGCAGAUAAGCAACAUGGCCGACACAGCCACAGCAUGGCCGACUCUGCCCACGGAUCCAUGUCCUCCUCUUCGAAGAGUUCAGCCUCUUACCUCAGCCUGUCCAAGAGCCACAGCGCGCUGAGUGAUGCCAAAUCCGUGGGCAACCUCAGCGACGGCCGACUGCACCCAGAGGACCCCAACUCCAACGCCACAGUGGGGAUGGGCCCCGGGGCCCGCUUCUUCCCUGCCAGCUGUUUAGACCUUAACACCCCAUCAGUUCCCCAAGGGCCACCUGGCAGCCCCUCUGCUCGCCACAGCGAUCGGUCUGGGCACAGCCCGGCCUCUCGUUGCAGUGGAAAUGUUCGCAUGGAGAGCAGCACGCUGGACUCCUCGUCCAGACAUAAAUCCAGACAUAAGCCUCUGGCCUCAGAGGAGGUCAGUGCUCCGGAGCUCUUAGAUCCGGGAGGCACGGGGAUGCCCUCCACUCACACUCUGCCUUCCCCACACGAGUCUUAUCACUACGGCCUGGGCUACACCUCCCCCUUCUCCUCUCAGCAACGGCCUCAACGCCACUCCAUGUACGUGAGGAGGGAGCGCCAUCGGCCGCACGGGAACGAGGGCGGGAUCGCGAGCUUGCCUCCCCCCGGACAGGCGAUACCGACGCGCGCCAGCAGCCUGCAGAUGCUCUCCCCCCAACUGCAGCACCGGACCACCCUCACUGGACACUCUGUGAGCUCUUCCAGAGAGGACUGCACGGACACCAUGACCAGGAGUGAGCAGUCCCCUAAAGACAUGAGCCACCCUUGUGCCCCCAUCAAAGACUCUACGAGGGACAACACUGCUGCUUUUCAUACACAACGCUCUAAAAACGAGGUCAGCAUGUAUCACGACCCUCAUAUGGAGGAUGGAGGAUCCUCCAAGGAGAACCGGAUGAUCUUCACUGAGUCCAUGCCUCGGAGAGUCGGCAGCUUCUACCGAGUCCCCUCCCCGAGACCAGACAACUCCUCCUCUUUCCACGACGGCGUCGGGCAGGGUCGGGGGCCGGUUGUACCUGUCGUGCCCGGGGACCCCGUCGCCAUGGUCAACCACUCCAAACGCCAGACGGCUUUUGACUGGACUGCUGCUGAAAAAAUGGUGAUGAAUCCUCCAGAGCCCCCCAAAGAGAAAGAGAAACAAGGCUUCUUCAGAGCCAUUAAAAAGAAAAAAAAGAAGACGCAAAUAACGGACAUGGAGGACGGGAGGAAUCCCAGCAUCAGGAAAAGCCUUUUCCCGCUCUUUAGGUCCAACAACAGCUUGAAGCACAACUCAGCCGUCAAAGUCCUACCUGUGGUCGCCUCGCCGAUGGCUCAACACCAGCCCGCCGCGCCCUACCCGGCCUCACCAGUUUCUGGCAACGGACAAGAACACCUUUCCCUGCAGAGGAGCUCCAAGUCGUCCUCCCACCACGGCAGCCGGAGGAAAAACCGCGAGCGAUCCCGAGACCGGGAGCGGGAGCAGAGCCGGGACCGAGACCGGGAACGGGAGAGAGAGAGAGAGAGAGAGCGGGAGAGAGAACGAGAGCGGGAGAGGGAGAGAGAGAGGGAAAGAGGGAGGGAGAGGGAGAGGCUAAAUGACUGGCCACAAGACAAACCAGUGGACUCGCACUCUCAGAGUCAACCCCUCAAGUCCCUCCGCAGGCUCCUCCACCUCUCCCCCUCCUCCUCAAAUCAAGGACAGCCUCCUGCUCCUCCUCCAGACAUGCGCUUCCAAGCCCCCCUCCCCAACCCGCCUCAGCCCUCCUCCAAAGCGGGCUACCCCGAGGGUCGAGGGCACGCUGAGAGCAGGGGCCACACGGGGGCGAGCAGCUCCGCCCAGGCCAAGAGCCGCAAGGCCAGCUACCCCCUCCCCGGGCAGAUCGAGUCCAGCUGGCACGUGUCCGCCCUGCAGCGGGCAGAGGGCGCCCAGUUCACCCCUGAACAGCUGGGCAUCAAACCGGGCCAGAACGGACCCACCUUCACCCGGGCUUCCCGCAGCAGGAUGCCGAACCUCAACGACCUAAAGGAGACGGCGCUGUGAGCCCCUGCGAUCCCCUGUGCUCCCAAACCGGGCCUCCUCCAACACGUCUCCAUCCGGGAAGCGGCUGCCGGACGCAGACGUCCCGGCGCUCUGGUAAAAGCUUACCCCGAGAGCCCUAUUGGACUGGAUCGAACCGUCGUCUUGUUGUGAUGCUCGUACAGACCAGUAACAGUUUUGUUUAGGGAGUGAGGGACAGGGCGGGGCCUCAUUCCCUCCCGGGACGCCAGUGCUGUAUCAGUUGUAUGUUGUUCUCUCUCUCCUUAACAAGGGUUACGACCAUCGUUCCUGUCGAAGGAGACUGGGCCCACGCGGCCUCUUUGCUGCCAUCUUCUGCUCACAGGACACUUCAACAGAGCAACACAGACGCUGUCACAGUGGCCAAUAGACACAGGUUUUUUUUUCAAGCUCUGAUAUUUGAUAAGAAGAAAAAAAGAAGAAAAAAAAGGAUUUAUAUCAACAUAGUUUAUUAAAUAUUUAUUUGUUUUAAAUUCAAGGAUAUAAGCUAUAAAUGACACAGUAUGUAGGCUAUAUGGGAAUAUUAUAAGGUAAUAGAAUUCAAUGUGUAAUUGCAAGAGCUUUUAUUUCAACACAAAGAAAUGCAUAGAUAUUUAUGUGUUGAUAAUACAGUGUCAAAAGGAAUAUUUAUUAAUGGUGAAUGUCCUUCUUUUUGUUAAAUUUGAUAUGUGAUUAACAGAUUUUUACCUGUUAAUUUUCCCCUUUUUUCUGUAUGUUUCAUCAGAAUGUAAAGAAAUACUUACUGAAUACUGAAAAAUACUUAUGGCUCUAGGUGGAGUCAAAAAAAAGCCUUGGACAUUUCUCAGAAAUCUGUGCGUUGCUCUAAUAACAUUCGCUUUGAAGUCUAGUGACACGUCGGGCUAUUUUUCUGCCGUCGGUUCACUUUAUUUCCCACUUUAAGCCCCAGAUCUCGUCUCUCGGUUCAUUCGUCAGCCACAACAGCAAGUGACGGACGUCAACGUUGAUGGUGAAAGGUUGGCCUCUUAAAACGGGUUUGAAUUCCUCCAAAACAACAUUGAAGUGUGCACGAUAGUACGAGAGCAUUCAGCAAAAAAAAGGCAUACCUCACCUGCAACCUUUAAGGUCCGAAAUGAUAAGUCUGGUGGAAUUUAGCAUUUUCUUUUUGUGGACAAAUGGAAUGAAAAGACCAAAACAAACAAUGAUUGGUAGAUCACAUGUAGCCUUUCUGCAGUGAUAACUUUCCAGGGUUGUAAAAGCCCGUCUCUGAGUGUCUAAUAAGCACCUCAGAUUUCCACUCUAACACCCUAACACGGCUACUUGCAAGGUUUUGUUGUUGGUUUAUUUUUUUUUCAUGGGAUUUGUCCACAAUAAUAAAGGUAUGGAAUAACACCAGACUUAUACUUUGAUGUGUGUGUUUACAUUUUUCAGUUUGCAUUUUAAAAUGUUGCGUUUUAGUAGAUACUUUUUCUACAUCUGAUCGGUUUUCCUACUAUUGGUAUUUACAUUACAGCUUGUUUUUAAUAUUACUAGUCAUGAUCAUGGAUGACAUUACUCAGCUAGGUAUUUCAUAAAAGUAUUUACUUGUUGUUAUACUGAACUGUGAAGGAUGAAAAAAUAUACUGAACCACUAAACACUAUCAGUGGUUUAGCCAAAAAACACUGAAUUGUUUUCCUUCCAGUCUUAUUGUUCAUCGUUUGUUCCCUCCUCUUCCUCUGUGGUAAAGAGGUGCAGAAGAAAAACUUGAAUAUGUAUUACAGAAGGAGGGAACAGGGGGAACAGAGAGAGGUGUGCAGAAUUUGAGUCAUCCGUGGACACGUUUUUGAGAAUUUUGAUGUUUUGUUUCUAAACUUUUGAAUGUAUGAAAAUAAGCAAAAAAAGAAAGAAGACAACAAAAAAGGAACAUACUACCAAUUUAUUAGAUGUCUGAUUGAAAUCAAUAAGAUUCAGACGAACUCCGUCUGACGCUGAUUGAAGUGGCCAAAUCAGUGGCUGGUUAAAUCUAGUGCCAGGAAGGACUUCCAUUAGGAGGCUGAUAAGUAUGUCACGUCCACAUCGCUCUGCAAUACAUAUUUUUUAAUAUUUUCCAAUUACGUUCAAAUGUCCUUGAACAUGCCCUGCGUUGUGUAUUAAAUCCUGAUUGCUAAUGAUUGUAAAUGACUGCUGACGUGGGUUUGCUAUUUCAUUAUUGGGCCAGAGUAAUGAUAAAGCCUCCCUUGCCAGUGACCCGAAGCCUUAUGUUAGCUUACUCAACACUUCAGAAGGAGAUGGAGGCUUCAACCCAGCAAGUUAACUACGCUGACAACACAGAUGAGAAUCAUUGCUGUUCACUAAUAUGAAUGUUUUUCCUGAACCCCCCCCCCCCCUUCAUUAAGCUGUUUCCCACUUCUUACAGGGUGUAAAUAGAAAUAAUAGUGUAUCUAUACUGACCAGUCUACUUGAGAAAUGAUAGGGUCUCAUAAUAAAAGCCAACUGUACAUUUUUUAA